UCGUGUUCAUACAGGAUUAACAUCUGUAUUGUAAUGGCCCGAUCACAAGCCCAGGACAUCAUUAGAUGCCAAUACUGCGAGGACGAGCCCGCUGUCUUCCUCUGUGUUCCUUGUGGAGAUGAACUUUGUCCUCGAUGUAAGGUCUUCCAUCUUAAAAGCAAAGUACCCUCUGGACAUAACAUCAUCCGUCUGUCCGAGAGACUUCAUCCAACCAAUCAGGUCAAAAUAUGUGAAGUCCACUCAUCUAAAGCGUACGAGGCUUGCUGUGAAGAUUGCCAAAUCCCUGUCUGUAUUAUGUGUAUCCAGGAAGUGCACGGAAAGCAUGCUAUCGGGAAAUUACAGGAUCUAUACGAGAAACAAAAGGCUGAAACCGAAGACGAAUUGUCUAAAAUGAAGACACAAUAUAAGUCUGAAAUUAUUGAAAGAAUAAAAGAUUUCAAAAAUGGAGAAAGGGAAAUAAAAGCCAGCCAUAAAAAUAUUAGAGAGAAGAUGAAGAAACAAGCUCAGGAAUUUAUAGAUCAUAUCAGCGUCAUUUUGAAGGAAGCCUUGGAUGAAUCCUCUAAAGACGAGAUAGAAAAAUUAAUGGAAAUAUCUCAAUAUACAGCAGAAGCUGAGAGAUUUGAGCAAAACUUGGAUCAACUGAUUGAGAAAUUUGAAUCUCUUACAGAGUCAAGUCAUCCCGCCGACCUUAUUUUGUACCGAAAACAAUAUCCUGACACACUGAAGAGAUUGCAAUUUCCAGAAAAAAUAAAUUUCACUAUGCCUUCGUUUACAAUCGGUCAGAUCAACAAAUCUCAAAAUAAGCAUCAGUUUGGUAAAUUCACCAGUGGUCAUAUUAGCCAUCUUAAAUUAGGCGAUGAUAGCUUACAAGCUAAACAUACGUCUGGUUCUGCAAGCGUAAAAUCAUCUACCAAAAAAGUACCGGGACGUCCAGUAAAAAUAAGCGAAACGAAAACUCAAAAGAGAGCGUUAUAUCACGUGAGUUGUGGUAAUGACAGAUCAGCGUACAUCAGUGGUGAAGGUGCUGGAAUACUACUGAUAGACAAGUCAGGGACACAGCUGGAUAACAUCAGUACUGACGGAGAACCAUAUGGACUGGCUGUGAUGCAGGACAGAAGUCUGAUUUAUUCUGACUACGGAAAUUAUGUUAUCUACAGACAAUCAUUCAAUAAAGAGAAAACAAAACUUUUAUAUACAGUGUCUGGUCCUAGUGGACUGUGUUGUACCAGGUCAGGUGAUAUCCUGGUCUGUAUGAGUAUGGGUUUGUUUAAUGCAGCAAAAGUUGUCAAGUACAGCAGCAGUGGGAGUAAGAUCCAGGAAUUCAAGACAGAUCAGAACGGGAGGAGGCUUUUUAGCGAUCCAAGGUUUGUCUGUGAAAAUGUCAACGAUGAUAUCUGUGUUUCUGAAUUGAGUAGAAAUAAGAAAGUGGUUGUAUUGAACAAGUCUGGAAAUCUUCGUUUUACAUAUGACGGGAAUGUCCUAGCUAUGACGUUAAAAGACAGAUUUUCUCCGUUUGGAGUUGCUACCGACAGUCUGGGUCACAUCCUGAUUGCAGACAACGACAAUAACGCCGUACACCUGAUCAGCCGGGAUGGAGACUUCCUUUCUUUCAUCGUGACAGAGAAUGAUGGGAUAUCACGACCAAGGGGGAUCUCUGUGGACACGAGUGACAACCUUUGGCUGGUAGAAGAGAAAAACGCCUGUGUCAAGGUGUAUCAGUAUUUGUCAUAACAUUGAAUCUUCCUUUCCGAUACUGUGAACUUGUACAAAUGUUUAUAUAUUUAUCAUACAAAAUAUCACCAAAACAAUCCUAGUAAUUCUCUAUUAGUAAUAUAUAGACAGGUGAUUUAA